AUGUGGGUAAUCCACGAAUUCCUUCUCGGCGUCAAGGUACUGGUGUACUGCGGCUCGCAAUCCUCCCAUUGGGAACACUUGUCUAAGUUGCUGCACGCGUGUCAGACCGUCGCGGUGUCUCCAGAGCGCUAUUGCAACCUCCCUUUCGGACUUUGGGGGUCUUCGGGCGCUAAAGUGGUGCGCGCGAAGGAGGACUACAACGCCGCGCAGUCCUCCGAGAAGCUCAUGGUCGUCUAUGACCUCGACGUGCUGAUCCUGCAAUGGGCGGACUGGAAAUACCAGGACCUGCGCGACAAAGGGGUCGUAGAGGCCGAGUACAGCAAGACAGCAGAGGAGAUCUACUGCGAUUCUGUUGGAACGGUCCGCCACACGAACCGGGGCUACGAGGAGACUGUAAGGUUUGAGCAUGCACAGGAGAGUAUGCUAGGGGGCAGCUGGGUAGAAUUGAAGGAAGCCGUGCGGGCCUACGAGCAAGCGAUGGCACACGCGCGGAAAGGAGUCGACCCGGAUCCUAGAGGGAUGGCUUUGGACCGCCGCCCGCCACACAUGAGCUCGAUGAACCCAGGAACUCCACAGCCGUCGCUCAAUCCGACACUUCAGAACUACGACUCGACCUCCCGAGCACUAGGACGAGGAAUGCGAAUCGGAAUCGAGGUCUGGCCGAUGCUGUAA